GAUCCGAGGUGCCCGCUCAGGGGAGCGGACAGGCGGUGACUCCGGUGCUUCCCCCCCCAUCCCCGUCCCCGCGGCGAUGCCGAAGGUGAAGCGCAGCAGGAAGCCGCCCCACGGCUGGGAGCUGAUCGAGCCCACGCUGGAUGAGCUGGACCAGAAGAUGCGGGAAGCGGAGACCGAGCCCCACGAGGGGAAGAGGAAAGUGGAAUCGCUUUGGCCUAUCUUCAGAAUCCACCACCAGAAGACACGUUACAUUUUUGACCUCUUCUACAAAAGAAAAGCCAUCAGCAGAGAGCUCUAUGAGUACUGCAUCAAGGAGGGAUACGCCGACAAGAACCUGAUCGCCAAGUGGAAGAAGCAGGGCUACGAGAACCUCUGCUGCCUGCGCUGCAUCCAGACACGGGACACCAACUUCGGGACCAACUGCAUCUGCAGGGUCCCCAAAAGCAAGCUGGAAGUGGGUAGAAUCAUUGAAUGCACUCACUGCGGAUGCCGAGGUUGUUCUGGGUGAAGCACCGAGACCCAAAUAUUUCCUUUUGAACUCUGAACUCGUCCUGCACCGUGGACUGUGAGUGCAAUUAUACCCACCUCCUGCGUGAUUGGAUAGCUCUGUACUGCGAUUAAACCAGCAACGUGCUCGCCUGGAUGCUAGGUACAAAGGAUGUUGUUUUGGAGUAGCUUUUUGUGUAGCCAUUGAUUUUAAAAUAAAGUCUGCUUUCCUGAGA